CUUGCUGUUGGACAUGCGCGUGGUGUAGAACACGGAAUAUGGCGGCCUGCAUCUGAUGGCAAAUGAAGGAUCUGACGCGAAUACCUUCUCGAAACUGUAACCAGAUCGGAACUACAACUACGUUACUAAGUCUUUGGCCGUGCUGUGUUCUUACCGUGGAGCUCAGCACCGCGUCGGUAGUGGCACAUUGACCAGUCUGUGGUCUCCUCACCUGGCACCUGGUGGUACCAUCGGUCACAAUGGGCCGAACACCUCAGAAAGAGCCAAAAGAAGAGAGGAGGGAGAAACCUGAGAGAAGUAACCCCUCUCCGGGAACCGGUCCCCCCUCUCUGGAUAAAUCUAAUGAACCCUUCAGUUGGGAGGAGUACCUUAAGGAAACGUCAUCCACAGCCGCGUCUCCCAGCUGUUUCAGACAGUCCCGUUUCCCUCCCAGUAAUGACUUCAAGGCUGGUAUGAAGCUGGAAGCCCACGACCCUCGGAACAACACGUCCAUCUGCAUCGCCACGGUGAUGGGUAUGAUGGGGACACGUCUGCGUCUCCGUCUGGACGGGAGUGACAACACCAACGAUUUCUGGAGACUGGUGGACUCCUCAGACAUCCAGCCUAUAGGGACCUGUGAGAGGAGAGGAGACAUGUUACAGCCACCUCUGGGCUUCAGAAUGAACGCCUCCUCGUGGCCUAUGUUCCUCCUGAGAACCCUGACUGGAGCAGAGAUGGCACCGGCCACAGCUUUUAAAAAGGAACCCUCCAAGCCCUCCCAGAACCUCUUUAAACCUGGGAUGAAGCUAGAAGCAGUGGACAAGAAGAACCCCUACCUGAUCUGCCCGGCAACCAUCGGAGAGGUCAAAGGUGAUGAGAUCUUUGUGAUGUUUGACGGCUGGAGAGGGGCCUUCGACUACUGGUGCCAGUUUGACUCCAGAGACAUAUUCCCUGUAGGAUGGUGUUCUCUGACCAGGCACAGCAUCCAGCCUCCUGGCAACUUCUUCACCCUCCCCAAGGCCCUCUUCCUCCCAGCCUCCUCCUCUCCCCCCGCCCCCUCCAGACGCUCCAUGCAGUCCCCCUCCUCCUAUCGCCUGCCCCAUCCGCUGCCCCCUCUGCCCGUGCGGAAGGGGGUCCGGGGCCGGCGCCCCAAACUGCAGACCAUCGCCCUGCUCAAGGCAGCGGCGGAGGCAGCAGCGGAGGCUGCUCUGAAUGGUACGCCACAGGUCUCCGGCUCCCAGCUAGCACCCAGACCCCAUAAGAAGAGGGGGCCCAAGCCUGGGAGCAAGAGGAAGCCACGUGUGCUGCCCUCCUCGGGGACAGGCUCUGUAUAUACUACUACAGCCUCUGAGACCAGACUGAACAACGUUCAUGGACCGAAGGACAACAGCCCUGGAGUGGUCUCCACAGUGUGUGUGUACGUGAACAAGCACGGAGCCUGCGGUCCACACCUGGACAGGAAGCAGUUGCAGCAGCUGCCGGACCACUUUGGGCCAGGUCCGGUCAACACUGUCCUACAGCAGGCUGUUCAGGCAUGUGUGGACUGUGCCUACCAACCAACCUUCCUCUUCAGCUUCCUACAGUCCCAGUCCGAUGGAGGAGAGAUCAUCAGAGUGCGGUCUGAUGGGGGGAUCCACUAUGUCAAGCUGCCACAGGCCUCCUCUGCCUCCUUUGUGCUCAGGUUCAUGGAGACUCUGUGUCACCAGCUGCAGAGUGACAACCUGUUCUCCUCCCAACCCUUCAGCCCUGCAUUCAUGGCCUCCACUGGACACACAGCCUACGACAGGAGCACGUCAGUAAAAGAAGAGAUGUCAGAGGCCUUGUCCAUAGCCAGAGGCUCCGUAGGAAGGAGCAGGCGCUUCCAGAUGGACAGAGACAGGGACUGUAACCUUUACCCUUCUCCCCUGUCCUCCUCCAAACGGCUGCACAGCACAGAGGCACACCCCUCGGAAGAGCCCCUUCCUCGCAGUGAGAACGGUUUGACUGAGGACCCUAUGGACACCUCCACCUCUCCCUCCAUGACCCCUCGCCCCCUGACACAACGCACCACCUCAGAGUACCGUGGCCAGGGGUCCAGCAGCCCCUACUACCCUGGGUCUGGGUCUGGUCACCCCCCACCACCACCCCUCAGGCGCCUGGCCCCCAACCCUUCCGACCUGGGGUCCAGAGGGCUACAGAGAAGAGUGGAAGGUAGGCCUUCUGCGAGCUCCACCACAGGUCCUGAGCACCUGGCAGCUGCAGACCGGGAGGCUGCAGCGGGGAACGGGGCCGGGAACGCCCCUUCCUCCUGGUCUGUGGAUGAGGUGAUGCAGUUUGUCCACGACGCCGACCCCCAAACACUCGGACCCCACGUGGAGCUCUUCAGAAAACACGAGAUCGACGGAAAGGCGCUGAUGCUUCUACGUAGUGACAUCAUCAUGAAGUACAUGGGUCUGAAACUAGGCCCCGCCCUCAAGCUAUGUCACCACAUCGAGAGGCUCAAACAGACCAAACAGUAACACACACACACACACACACACACACACACACACACACACACACACACACACACACACACACACACUAGAAUGGGAAGAUCAUCUUUGCUGUGAAACCCUAAGCACAAUGAGUCCUUAAUCAUUCCUUUGCAGAGACCUUCAUACCUCAUCCUGUGAUGAAGAGCAUUCAGAGAAACAGUAUGAACGUCAGUGUGAACGUCAGUGUGAACGUCCGUACAGAGAAACACUAUGAACGAACUUCAGUCUACUAUUCUUUAGAAUAGACUCAGCUGAAUCCCAAAGGAUGAUGUUGAGUGUUUACCUACCUAUGCAUUGCCCAUGUACACCUUCUCUCAACCCUUACCUACUUAGCCUGGUCCCAGAAUGUUCUGUAAAAAACAAACAGAUCUGAGACCAGGCUACUGUCAGCCGUGGAGACCUGGAGAUGCAAGGAGCCAUCUCCACACAACCCCCAAUGGCAUGUAUUACUUGUUGCACUAGCCUCUCAUUGCAAUAAGAUAUCAACCAUUCAGCUUCUAUAUGGAGACUGUGAUUUGAUUCUUCAAUAGUUUUAAUAUCAAAGGAUGUUGAUAAGGAGAAUGUACCAUGCUGUUAAGAUUCAUUGUUUGUUUUGGACACCACAUUUGACCGUACUCCUUAGUGCAUUCAGGGUGUGACAUCACACAAUCUGGACUCGUUGGAACACUGAUCGUUCUUUGGAUCGCCCCAAUGGAACUUCUAACCAGGAUCUAUGAUUGCGAUUGGACAUUGCGUGUAGAUUCUAGAAUACGUUGGACAAUGAAGACAGGAAGUUCCUGUUCAAGUCAACGUCUCAUUGUAAAAGAAGAUGGUGGACUUAUGUUUGAAGAACCAGACAAAAAACCUGUGUUUUACAUAAAAAG